AGUGGUUCAAGUAGCCGAUGGAAGAAGAAUUGCGUUCACAACUCCAGGCGCAGACGGUUCGCUGAUGAUGGCCGAUUGUAGACCCAUACGAGGCGGUCAACGGGAAGGUUUCUCGAAGUCCUUUACACGCUGCUGCUGCUGCUGCUGCGACACAUCGCUCUUUGCGGCUACAAUACAAACUCUUCGUCCAUUCACCCUGUAAAACGGUGUGAAGAGCGUGUGGUUGCCCUGCGGCCCCGCUGGCUGGUCAGGGCGGCACUAUCGUCGUGUACUCACCUCAGCGCGCCAUGACGCGGCCGUGCCUCCGCCCGUUGCCCACUUCGGGAAAGCGAAGUACAGCGAAGUGGCGGGGGCCGUCGUGCUGUUCGAUGCGCCGGACGACCGUCCGCUUUUAAAUCAACGUUUUUAGGCCGAGGCCGUGCUCGGGGCCUCCGGUGCGGUAAUGGACGUCCGAACGCCCAGCAAUGGUUUUCCUCAUUCCUUUGGUUUAGAGCUGACGGCGCCGAUCACACACAUUCCGUGUGUGGCGGUGGGACUAGGGGACUACGAGAAGUAGAUCUUCCUCCGGCUGUUAUGCUGGCUCUUUCAUACGAUGGGACGCGCACACGUGAUGUCGUAGUGCAUCUUUAAAUGGCUUUGCGGUUCGAAGGAAGUGCUGCUUGUUGUUCUUGUUGUUCUUUUCAGCUGCUGCCUGCUCCCCUAUUCGUGCGUCACGGCGCGCUCUAAAAGUAAUCCCCAUGCAAAAGGAAAGAAGACAAGCACGGAAGAAGUCUGUGCUAGAGCGUCACCUUGCGCAAGACAGAGGUGUUGACUCGCGCCCCCGCCGGCCCCAUCGGCGUUGAGUGGAGCGACAACGUGAAUGAAGACGUUAUCGUGUUUUUCGUUUUCUUCUUUAAUCGGAAUAAAGAAAAUUUGUUUUUUCGGUUUGCCUGCUUUGUUUCUUCGCACCACCUCUCAUCCUCCUCCCCUUCCUCCCCAAUCUCCCCGCGCUGAUUACAUGAAGUGGGGGACUAGCAGCGCAGCACAACACGCUCUCCUCAAAUGCCGCAACCAUCAAAUCUCACCACGUCACCCAACGCGCUUGCCUCUCCGCCGCAGGACGCGCAACGGCAGUCUCUUCUUCAAUAUAUUGACCAACGGAUGCAAGACCUGGAGGAGGAGCGCCGCGAGUUGCGACAGCUGGCCAGUGAUUUGGAAGCGGAGCGGCGCAUCAUCAUAGCGAAGCUGGCGGAGGCUGAAGCGGCGCAGCAUCAUGCGGACGAGAAUCGAGACGCAGGCGGAGAGCCAUCGCUUUAG